CCUUUAUAAAGCGUAACCGGCUGUGCGUCGCCUUCUUCAGAGUGGAGAAACAGUCUGUGCUAAACCGUUAACCAGUUUCCAGCCACAGUCACAACAAAAUGACCACCGCCGCCCAGCCCAUAUUCUCUAAGGGAGAGGACUGUAAAGCCGGCUGGCACGACGCUGACGCCGGUUACGACGACACCGACACGCACCUGGAGAUCAUGGGCAAGCCCGUGAUGGAGCGCUGGGAGACCCCGUACAUGCACUCUCUGGCGACCGUGGCGGCAUCCAAAGGUGGUCGGGUUCUGGAGAUCGGUUUUGGCAUGGCCAUUGCCGCCACUAAGAUAGAGUCCUUCCCUGUCGAGGAGCACUGGCUCAUCGAGUGCAAUGAUGGAGUCUUUGUCAGACUGCAGGACUGGGCAAAGUCUCAGCCACAUAAAGUCUUCCCUCUGAAGGGCCUGUGGGAGGAUGUUGUUCCCACUCUGCCUGACAAUCACUUUGAUGGUAUCCUGUAUGAUACGUACCCUCUAACAGAGGGCACAUGGCACACUCACCAGUUUAACUUCAUUAAGGGUCAUGCUCACAGGCUCCUGAAAAGUGGCGGCGUGCUCACCUACUGCAACUUGACCUCUUGGGGCGAGUUGCUCAAAACUAAAUACGACAACAUUGAGAAGUUGUUUGAGGAAACCCAGGUUCCUCAUCUGGUCCAAGCCGGCUUCAAGAAGGAGAAGAUUAGUACAUCCACCAUGGACAUUGACCCACCCAAAGAAUGCAAAUAUUAUUCCUUCCAUAAGAUGAUAACACCCACCAUUGUUAAAGAUUAAAGUCUGAAGAUAUGGCUCAAAGAUUAUUUUGUCUGUACAUAGCACCUUGACACACUGUUUAAACUGUGCUUGCUACUUUUCAAUAAACAAGCUCCACGC